AUGGCGGGCGAUCGCUCUGGCAUGUCAUCCGAGCAAGCAGGGUACCCGGUGACCGUAGCUCCAGCGGUGCUGGAGGCUUUCAGCAAGGACAAUUGGUGGGCCAUCUUUAGGCUGAAUAAGGCUCUGGAGGCGACUGUUGGUGGUUCCUUUGGGAGGGCGUUUCGCAGGGUGACAACAGACUUGGCCAUCAGGUCUCACGAGGCGAGUCGUUGGUUCUGGAAAGCUGAUAGAAUUUGCUCAUCAGCAGCGAAGCGACGCCCAGAGUCGUCUCUUGGCAAUGGGGCAGCCACGAUGGCCAACGGCCAGCUCGGCCCCAGGAAGCCGUCGGGAGCGAGCGGAUAUCUCCAUAGGGGUGAGGUGAGCCUGGACCCCCUGUCGACAGGGCUGUAG